UCCACUCAUUCCCCCCUUCCUGCCAUCCCGACUAAGACAUCCUACCCGACUUUAACUUUCGCGGUCUCAACUUCCAACCCGUCCACCAACAAACACGCCCGAUAACGUCCAUGGGGCAUAGCUGACGGCGGGGCGCUUUUUUUUUUUUUUCAACCACCGUUUCAGAAGCCGAAAACACGCAUCAAUUUCAACCCGGAGCAACAACCGAAUCUCUCUUCCCCCCCCCCCCCCCAAAAAAAAAAAACUACUGCGCAUUCGAGCGUCGUCCCGCAGAAAGCGCAGAGAGAGACAGCAAACCCGCCCACCAUGGUCGCCGACGCCCUCGUCUACCACCCGGCCGUCGGGCACUACCUCAAGUACGUGGCGACGACGGUCGGCCGCGACAAGCUGCUGCGCACGCUGCAGUACUUUGCCCGCUUCUACGCGUGGUACCUGCUGCGCACCAACCGGCCGCCGACGGCGAUCCAGCCGUGGGAGACGAUGAAGAAGCAGUUCGGGCUGGUGCGCAAGGUGCUGCGGGCCGGCAAGAACGUGGAACACUUCAAGGCGGCCGCGGUCGCGGCCGACGCCAAGGGGACCGACCCGGUCCUGCGCUACGCCACCGUCGGCCGCCAGCUCGGCUACGCCGGCUACCUGACCAUGGACCUGGCCACGCUGCUGGACGCGACGGGGAUCAAGAAGAGCGCCCGCGCCAAGCGGUUCCAGCAGGAGGCCUACCGCUUCUGGGCCGCCGGCCUCGCCUGCAGCAUCGUCGCUCAGCUGUACACGCUCUACCAGCUGCGGCAGCGCGAGGCCAAGGUCGACCGGAAGGAAGGCGAGGGAGUUCUGGAGAGCAAGAGGAUUGCCAUGGAGCGCACUGCCAGCAGGCUGCAGUUGACCUCGGACCUCUGCGAUCUCACGGUGCCUCUUUCGGCUCUGAACUGGGUCGCCUUUGAUGACGGCAUCGUCGGUCUCGCCGGCACGCUGAGCUCUUUGAUCGGCGUAUACUUGCAGUGGAAGAAGACGGCGUAAGGGGAAGAGCGUGGUUUAUUGCGGGAGCCCAGCAUUAGGGAAACUAAGCAACGCUACCAAGCAUGGCUUGCAGUGUUGUGGAUGGAC